CUCCACUUAGUCAAUACGCAUCAACCACCACACAGACAGCCAAGGGUGUUGUGUCCCGAUGGAUGGAUGGAAAAACUUCAUUCAUUCAGCCAAUCUGGCUGGCUGGCUGCACGAAAGCUGCACACACCACAUGCAUAUGCACCCUCCGACACACACGACAGGCCAUCAGUCACUUCCUCUUUGCUAAGGCCAAUGCAACCGCCGCCACGAGAGCUGCAGCGGCCACAGCAGACACCGUCACGCUAAACACACAGACACACAUGAAGAGAGGCGGGGUGUGUGGGCUCCCUGUGGGACCCUGCCGUCGGUUUGGUCACAUACCAGUUGUCUGCGAUGAGCUCGCCCAGCCUAUCGGCAAUCUUUAGAGGCAGCCACCGAUUCUUCUGUGCACCACACACGCACACACAGAGCGUGCGACACGUCCUUCCCUCCCUCCCUCCCUCCCUCUCUCCCCCCCGCACAUACGUACGUCGAAUUUGGCCGACAGGAAUCUCGCGACCCUCCUGGAACUUGCCGGCAUCGGCUGGCAUACACACAUACACACACACAGCUUUCUGGUAGGUCGACAGACCAUGUUUGUCCUUGGCUCCUCUCUCUCUGUGUGUAUUGUGUCUUGUGUACCACAGAUCUCUGCGGCAGCGACUUGAGUUUGCUGAGCUCCUCAGGCAUGCUGGCGUCGACUAUGAGCUUAUUGAUGGCGCGCGACACGCCGUCGGGGAACUUGCCGAAGUGGGCGGUGGCCAGACACACCAGUGGGUGGCGCUUGCCUGCACGCGGCACAAACACAUUUCUGUCUGUCCGUCUGUCUGUCUGUAUGGUUGUGUGGAUGGGUCUUUAGCGUUAGUUUUGUACCAUCUUGUGGGUGCUCUGUCCUGAACUGGUCGGCACAGGCGAUGCCCACAGCUGCACACAGAUGGCACCGCACGGCACACAGCUCAGGAGAGGUGUGGACGGAUGGGAUGGUCUGUGUGACCGACAAGACAGCUGACCUGUGUGCGGGUCGACGAUGACUCCGUGUUGUUUGUAUGUGGCCUUCAUGGCCGCCUGCGUCUCCUCCUCAUUCGCACAGUAGGCGUGAAACGCUGAAUGAGGUGAGGAACGCACGAUGAAGCAGAAUCCGCCCAGGGCUGACGUGUGGGAGUCCUGAUCGGCUGGUGGGUGGCUCACCUCCCCGGGUCUUUGAGAGUUCCUGCUCGCCCACUCUGAACUCACCGGUCCUUUUCAGCGAUACUGACACACACACAAACGCAUAAAGCCAUUUCCUUGCGCAUUCAUUUCAUUUGUGUGCCUUUCUUUGUGUGUCGCUGACUGACUGAAUCGCUCCUUGACCGCCUCUGCGUCCUUGCCGAAGGCAUCGUACAGGAACCUGAUUGAUGAUUGGAAGCACAUCAGGCAGGCUGGCUGCAGGCAGCGGGAUGCGGUGCGUCCGUGUUGGUCUCUCUCUUCCACCUUUCGAAGUUGGAUGACACCUGGAUGUCCAUGGAGGGGGACAGAGUCGGCUGCACCUGCGUCUGGUACACACACAGAAAGAGGCUGGGCGACUUGACUUACACGUGUGUGUGUGUGUGUGUGCGACAGACUGACCAGUGAGUAGCUGCCGCUGUUGUGGAACCGUGUCAAGAUGUCGUUCGAGUUGCUCGCUGAACCCCGGGACAUCCAGAAAGAGAAGAGAGUGACAUGUGAAUGUGUCCCCUCGCUCACCGAUGAUGAGGUUCCCGAUGGGCGCACCCAUCUGCUUGGCAUAGUAGCCAGCCUUGUAUGGUAUGGUGACACAGAACAACACGCCAACACGCACAACUGCCUGCGUGGCGUCGUUUGCGCUUUGUUGUUCUGUGCGGGUGUAUGUACCAGUAUGUUGCCAAAAUUGCCCGUCGGGACGCAGAAGUCGACCUUCGUUGACUUGGUCUGCACACAACACACACACACCCCGACAGCCAUGAUUAAACCAUGUAUGAUCAUGCUGAGAGGUGCUAGUCCUGCCGUUGUGUCUUGCUAUGGACUUUACCAUGUCAAGGACUCUGAACGCCGAGUACCAGUAGUAGACCAUCUGUGCCAAGAUGCGCGCCCAGUUGAUGCUGUUCACCGCACCUGACACACAGUUUAGUACAGUCACCAAUACAUGACAUGACAUGCGCCAUGAAUGCAGCCAGCCAACGAUCCACACAGCCGUCCGCCCACACUGCACUGCCAGGCAGGCCACGCACCGAGUUUGAGCCUUUGUUUGAGUGGCGACCCGAAGAGCGUCUUGACGAUGUUUUGGCAGUCGUCGAAGUUGCCGUCAAUCUCGAUGCAGUAGACGUUGUCAUCCGGGACGGUGGUCAUCUGCAGCCGCUGGAUCUCGCUCGUGCGGCCCUUGGGGUACAGUAUCACACAGUCGGCAUUCGAACGGCCGCGGAAACCUGCCGGUGAUGGAGUGCAUUCCAAACCGACGGCGAUGAACAAUCAUGGCUGGGGGCUCAUCGUUUGCCACUCACCAGCGAUGGCGGCGCUGCCCGUAUCGCCUGAUGUGGCGCCGAGGAUGACCGUAUGCCGGUUCUGUUUGCUCAAGAUGUAGUCGAAUAAAGUGCCUGGAUGUGCACACGAACCAGCACGCACACACAGACAGGGUGGAGGUCCACUCACUCCUUGCUGCCUCAGCCUACCGAGCAGCUGCAGUGCGACGUCCUUGAACGCAUAAGUGGGGCCGUGGAACAGUUCGAGGAGGUAGUAGUCGCCGAGCUUGACGGUGGGCGCUAUCUCGGGGUGUCUGAAUGACCUGUAGCUCGUCUGGAUGAUGUCACGCAGAUCCCUGUCGUCGAUCUCGCUGCUCUGGAUGUACAGGCGAAGCACCUCAUAGCACAGCUCCUGGUAUGGAAGGCUCCUGUGUGUGGUGCCACACAUUCACAUCACACACACACACAGAAGAGCCGAGCACAAACAGAGAGAGAUAGAGGGUCAAUGCAAAGGCGUGUGGUCAAGUCGUCCGUUCUUUGUGAUCUCCUGACCUCCAUUUAUUGACCGUCGUUGCCGGCACGUUCGGGAUCUUUUCGGGCAGCAGAAGCCCUCCGUCGUCGGCCAGCCCUGACAGCACUGCCUCAGUGAAAGUGAGGCCACUCACGCCUCCUCGUGUGCUGCGAUACUUCAUCAAUGAAUCACGCUGUUACAAAAAGUACCGCAGUCGCUU